AUGGGCUCGAGCCAAUCCUCCAGGCGGUACACCUCGCAUGCGCAACCGCCGCGUGUCGGCAACCGCUUCGCCACCCCGAGCACCGAGUAUAGGAGUCUUAAGGAGAAGGCCGCUAAACAGAAGCGACAGCAGCAGGAACAGGAAGAUGUGCCGCCGCCGUAUGAGAUGGCAGGUGAGGUGGUUACCAAUGCCGUCGCACCUCCACACCGCACGCCGACGGGAUCGACGCACGACGCCGACGACUACGAUCCCACGGUAGACGGCGUUCUGGAUAUGGUCGAUUGGGCGCUGGAUAGCUCGGACGACAAGGCGAACAGGGCUGAGAAGAAGGCCAAGAGCGCUGAGCGGAAACGAGCGAAGGAGGCGAAGAGGGCUGACAAAGCCGCCGACAAAGCAACGUCGCAGGCAUCCAAAGAAGGGGACAAGAGCACAAAACGCGCGGCCCAACAGGCUGGCAAGGACGCCAAGCGCGCCUCCAAGGAGGCUCACCGGGUCAUAAAGAAGGACGAGAAGGACAAAGCUAAGGCGGAGAAGAAGGCCCGUCGCGCACUGCGCAGGGCGACGAAGAUGAAGCGCAGAAGCGAGAGGAUUUCCGCAUCCUCUGUGGUGAAGGCCGAGCGCGCAGCGCGCAAGGCUAAAGCUCGGGCAGAGAAGGCGACAGCUAAGGCGCACCAGAAGGCCGAGAAAGCGCAAAUGCUAGCCAAGACGGCCACAAUUGCCGCUGCAACGCACGCGAGCUCGCCACGAGCCCCGCUCAAGGUCAAGGCCAAGGACAAGGUCGAGGCUGCACCUCUUUCACCUCACACCACGCUCCAUCCACUUCCGUCUCCCUCCAUGUCCUCGCCCGCAUCUCGGUCCGCCCUCCUGCCACAGGGCUUCCUUUGGGAUUCGGCUUCGCCACACGCAUCCCCGAGCCUGUCCUCGUCCAACACGAGCAGCUCUGGUAGCCAGCAACCCGUAUCUGCUCCUCUCCCCCUCCUCCCUCGCGGACACGACCCUCCCCCGCUGCCACCGCGGAAGGAGGAUAACUCUCUGCCGCAUCUGACAAACCGUGAGGGGCUGUCAGGCUUCCCGAGCGACGACAAGACCCGACUCGAACUUGAAUACGAGAACCUUGCGAUCGAGAUGGCGUACCCCACACACGGACACACUUUGUAG